AUGAGUACGGAAGAAGGUGCCAGUUCCUUGAGGGUCCAGAUUUAUGAUCUUAAGGUGAACAUGCACUGUAAUGGAUGUAAGCAGGAAGUGAAGAAAAUUCUUAAAAAGAUUGAUGGGGUGUAUGAAGUCAAUAUAGAUGAAGAGCAGAGGAAGGUGACUGUUUUGGGUGAUGUCGACCCCUCUAUCCUUAUAAAAAAACUGAAAAAGGGUGGCAAACAUGCAGAAAUAUGGGGUUCAAACGAUGUAAACAAUCACCUCAAAGGCCAGUUUCAGGACAUGCAUAUCGACAAUGGGAAAGGCCAGAAAGGAGACGACGAGGACGACGACAAUGAUGAUGAUGAUGAUGACGACGACGAUGACGACGACCAUGAUGAUGAUUCUAGGGGGAACCAAAAUCACGGUGGAGCUGGUAGGCCCCACAUGGGCCAUGGUGUCCAACACCUUAAUCAGGCCGGUGGUGGGGGAAGGAAUGUGGGUCAGAUGGGGAAUAUCCCAAUGGGCCAGAUGGGCAACAUUCCGACGGUGCAGGGGAUGCAGGCAGCGGCAAUGAAUGCCGGGAGGUCCUUCCAGGGUGCCAGGCCUGAGUUCGUCGCUGGAGAAGCCUUCUACCAGUAG